GACUUCCGGCGUGCGUGGGCGGGGCUCCAGAUCUCUUUCCCGGGAUCUCUGCGACCAGCAUGGAAGCAAAGACUCUUGGAAGUGCAACGCCCAGAAAACCUGUCUUAUCUGUCAGUGCAAGGAAAAUUAAGGACAAUGCAGCCGAUUGGCAUAAUUUAAUCCUGAAAUGGGAAACCCUCAAUGAUGGAGGUUUUGCUACCGCAAAUAACAUUGCCAACCUGAAAAUCAGUUUAUUGAGCAAAGACGCGAUAGGACUAGAGAGCAGCAGCCUGGCUUCUGAUGAGAACGCAGAAAAGGAGCAUCCAAACUACAGCAGGGAGCUCGAGACGCUGUGCGAGGGGCUGCAGACCACCCUGGACGCUCUGACCAAAAUACAGAUGAAAAUGGAAAAGCUGUCUUCCACUACCAAGGGGAUUUGUGAACUAGAAGAUUACCAUUACAGGGAGGAGAGAAAACGGCCCCUCCUGUUCCACACGUGGCCCACAGCCUAUUUUUACGAGGUCUCCCGCAAGCUCUCCGACAUGUACGGCCGGGAGCUCCGCCUGAAGCGCACUGUCGUGGAGCAGCUGGCGCACACGGCCGACCGUGACCUGGCCCUGAGCUACCUGUCCAUGUGGCUGCACCAGCCCUACGUGGAGGGCGACAGCAGGCUGCUUCUGGAAAGCAUGCUGCUUGAAACCGGGCACCGAGCGCUGUGACCUCCCAGCGUGGCUCCGCGCUCCUCCAGAGGGCUCUGGACCUCAGCUUCUGCAGCUCCCAGGGCGGACGGCCUUUCGGGUGGGCCCUGGG